AUGCGCCACGUGCUGUGUAUCCUCGCUCUCCUGCUCUCAUGUGCGUGUGUGCACGUCCUCGCUGAAGUCCCUGAUACGGAGAGUGAGACAAAGGUUCUUCUUCAAGGUACUCCUCUUGCCCAACUUGAGUGCACUGAAGAUACUUCUGGGUGCCCUCCUGGUGCUGGUGCUGGUGAAGCUCCUGGUUCUCAGUGCCCUGCUGGUAGUCCUCCUGAAACUACUACCACUGAUACUUGUCCUUCUGUAUCACAAGAAGCACCACCAGAAGUUGUUCCUGAGAAAAAAGUACCGGAUGCUCCUCCUAAAAAACCUGAAGGUCCUGAGGCGCCUGCAGCUGAGGAACGUGAAGCUCAAGGUCAAGAUGGACCUCGUGGUGCUUCUGGUAAUGGUGGUGUUCCAGCACCUGCUGAACCUGCUGCACCUCCUGCAGAUGUCAAUGAGGCUGCUGCUGCACGUGAAGACCAAACUGAAGUGGGCGGCAUCGAUGCAGCGGGUGGAAGUGCGGUUAGCCAAGGAAGUGAACCAUCUCAACCUUCUUCUUCUUCCAGUAGUUCAACCACGGGGAGUGCCGGAGCGGGGGAUAAUGAAACAACAGAGAACGGCGCCACAUCUGCAGGGAGUGAAACAACAAGUACCCAAGAAGAGGUUGCAGAUAAUACAGAAAGAACUAACUCCACCACCACCUCAACAACAACAACAACACUUCCCCCUGAGCCUGCAAACAACAAGAAGGGUGAUGCAGACAGCAGCAGUGUCAGCAGUUCUGUGUGGGUGCGUGUGCCACUACUAAUUGUGGUUACACUGGCCUGUAUUCUUGUGUGCUGA